UGAGGCGCUCUGUAAAAACGUCAGUGACGGAGGUGAUGCCCUAGCCCUGCGGUGGGAGACGAAGGAACAGCUCAACCUGGGAAACAUCAUGCAGAACUACCUCAAGUCAGAGGUGAAGUCCUGGGCUGUACAAACAGCAGGCGACCUGGUGCUGGGCGCAGCCUUCGCUUCCCUCACGUGGCCCCGCAAGCUCAUCAGCUGGUCGGGUUGGAUUGACAACACGUGGGCUAUGGUGCAGAUCCGAGCAGACCAGGCAGGAGAGAUGUUAGCGAAUACGCUGAUGAAGAGAGCACAUGGCUAUCGUCCGAUCACGCUGGUUGGCUUCGGGAUGGGUGCAAGGCUGAUCUUCAAAUGUCUUCUACACCUCGCAAAAAAUGGAGCUCAAGGCCGCGGCAUCGUCGAGACAGCUAUCUGCUUGGGAACCCCCGACACCUCCAACCCUCAGGAUUGGGAGACGGCAGCGUCAGUUUGCGGCCACCGACUCGUCAAUGGCUUCUGUCAGAAUGACUGGGUGCUCGGUUUUAUCUACAGGGCUGGACAGCUGCUGAGGACGGUAGCUGGACUCCAGGCGAUCCAGCCGGUGGAGGGGAAGGAGCUGCAUCCUGCUCUUGAAAACCUUGACCUCACAGGAGCUGUGAUGGGUCACUGGGACUACAGGGACAAGCUGCCGGAGCUUGUCAGGAUGUGCGGGUUGUCGACUGGUGUGAGUGACCCUCCUCCUCCUCCUGCUGAGCUCACAGACAUCGCCACGUCUUUCCGCUCAGCAAUGUCUGAGAAGAUGGCAUCGCUGAGGACCGUCGUGCCGUCGAGAGACAAGGAGGGCAAGGAGAAGGAGGGCAGCAAGGGCAAGGAGGCGAGAUGAUUGUAAGAUGUAGCUCGUCGAAAGCUAUCAAGCAUAGAGAGAUGGGAGAGC